AUGCCUGUACUACCUACCGAUAUCCUCCAGAUGAUCUUCGACGAGCUUGACGCCCAGAUGACGCUUCAAACACCGAGGGACGAGGCGGACCGGCGUCGUAUGGGGCUGAGCCUGAGCCUCGUCUGCCGCGCAUGGCGACAAGCGGGCACGGCGUUCUGCUGGCGGGUCUUCACGCUGAUGGCGCGAGACGAGGACGACGUCGACUGCGGCUGCUUCGACCACCUCCUCGACCAUCCUCACUUGGCGGCGCUCGUGCGGACGCUGUACGUCGCGUGGCCGCGGUCGGACCGUCCGAUAUCGCCCAUGUCUGCGGGAGAGGCGAGGUUGAAGGAGCUCCUCUCGCUCGUCACGGGCGUCGAGUCCUCAAAGCACGGCGAGCCCGAAGAUCCAGCCAUCGACUCCGCCGCAUUGUGUGUCUUGCUCAAGGCUGCGCCGCGGCUGGAGAUGAUCAAUGUCGACUGCACGGUCGACGCGGAGCCAUACGGCGACGACUUCGACAUCAAUUUUCUGCCGAUCAAGCACGCCAUCAUCAACAUUCGCGGCUUGAACAUCGCCGUCUUCGAUGUGACGUCCCUUAUUCUGCGCGCGCUCGACUCGGCAACCACGAACUACCUCCGAAUCGGUAACGUGCCUUUCGGCCGGUACUUCUUCGAACUGCUCGAGGACUUGGAGAACCUCCAGCACCUCGAACUUACGUGGGAGUACGAAGACGCCCUGGCCGCCUGCUUGCCGCAUGUGCAACCGAUCCUUCGCCACCUCCCGUCCCUCCGCAUUCUCAAGAUUGCUGUCCAGCUCCCCGACGAUGGCCUCGACGACACCGACGAAAUCUCGCACGACAUCCUGGCAGCCGUUCCUGUCCAGGUCAAAAUCGCCGUCCUCAGCCUCAGAGUCGACAAUAUCGAACAGGGACCCUUGGCGGAUUUCGCAAGAGCCCGGCGAGACACGGCACUGAAUUCGCUGGUGGUCGUCACGCCUCUUGCGCGCAUCCUCUUCGAGAAGAAGAGGGUUGGGAGUGGCUGGGUCUGGCAGGAGAUGGACCGGCGCAUGCACAACCUACCGGUAUUGGACAACACGACCCUCACGAUGGCCUACCUGCCCCGCGACAUCCUGCAGAUGAUCUUCGACGAGGUCGAGAACGACCUGCCCCUUUCAUUCGAGAGUAUCCGCCUGGUCUAUGGCGCACGGCGGGAGACAGGGAGGAACAUCAGUCUAGUCUGUCGAGCUUGGCGAGCAGGAGGGACGGCCAUUCGAUGGAGAUACCAUGACAUCGACUUCACGUCGCGAACCGCCGAACGCGAUGUCCAGCAUCUUCUCUCGCACCGCGGUGCCGCUUCCUCCGUGCGAUCGCUCCUCCUCUCGCGGGGACUAGGAACACCUGGAUCCCUUGACGGGGCCGACAGGGAUGUCGUCGAGCUCCUGCGCAAACUGCGGAAUCUCGAGGCGCUUCGGUUCUAUAACGCACCGCGGGAUGUCCUCGAGGACUUCGCCGACGACGACGCACGCUUGCACUUCCUCAGCCUGCGUGACUUGACUGUCCAUAACUCGCCCGCAGAGGGUUCCGACUACAAGCUGGCGGCGACGGAGACGGCGGGUCUGGUCCGUUGCGCCCUUCGACUGAAACGACUCUCCAUUACCGCCGACGCACUCAUUGAUAUGGAGACCGACGACGAACCGGAACCACAUCCGCGACCUCUCGAGGAGGUCGACCUUGACAUCCGAGGAGACGGGCAAGCCGUCACCGACGUGACCUACACGGUCCUUCGUUGCGCCGAACCUGCGCGGCUCAAGUCCCUAACUGUCAAGAACGUCCCCUUCUCCGCCUCCUUCUUCGCCAACAUCAGUACCAUCCGCAACCUUCGCCAGCUCAUCCUCGUCUGGCCGACGGACGAUGCAUUCACCUGCUCCGCUCCGCACCUAAUCUCGGCCAUCAAGAAUCUGCAACACCUCCAGUCAAUCGUCCUCCUCUACCCAAGCUACCCGACCUACGCGUCUUCCGCCCUCAGCCUCUCCAACAUGGUCCUCGCAAUGAUUCCGGCUACAGCCCGCUCGGCCUGCGUCUCCCUCGACUCCGACUUCCACUCGGCUACACAAGGCCCUCUCUCUUCGUUCUUCACCGGCUGUCGGGAUCAGUCGCCGCUCGAGGAGCUCGUCGUCUCCGACUUGCAUUCGACGCGGUGCUUCCGCAAAGCGACCCGGGGCGGGCGACCGAUGUGGCGUGAUGUGGGCGGGCUGGAGGCGAACAACCGUCGCCUCCCAUCCAGCCGCCCCGCCAUGCCCGACCUCCCGCUCGACGUCCUCAACCUCAUCUUCCGAGAACUCGACGAGUCUCUCGACCCAGCCAAUCAUCCCGUCGACUUAGAACGACGACGCACUGUCGGCCGACAAGUCAGCUUGGUAUGCCGCGCAUGGCGGCUGGUCGGCACGAGGCUCUUUUGGAGCCAUGUCGAGAUUGCCGACAUGAGGACGAGGAAGGCCGCCUCGCUCGUCGAGCAUCUGAUCGCCCAUCCGAAUGCAGCGGGCUGCAUUGGCCAGCUCAGCAUUGCCUGGCUAGACUCGUCGACGUCUCGCGGACUCAAUUACGCGGAACAUCGAGUCCCGUCCCUCCUCCGCCUCUUAAACUCCCUCUUCGGCCUCUCGCUCUUCAACCCGCCGACUCUCGUCAUUCGGUCUCUCUCUACCAACGCUCCUAUUCGUAUCGCGAGCCUCGAGUACCUCAACAUCGAAGGAAUCACGAGCGAAAGCGACGCUGCUACACCGUGCGUCGAAGGCGCCGACCUCCGUACUCUCCUCUCUCUCUCACCCACUUUAGCAAAGUUCGACCUGCGAUGUGCCGUAACCAAGCAGACGUCACCGGCAGCGUCACCGCCUCCCAUUCGUCCACUCGAAUCGGUCGACAUCCGCUUCACCGGCAACACGCGCGACGUCGCCUUUGCUACGCAGACCAUUCUUCAGAGCGCCAGUCCUGGAGACAUGCAGCAGCUGGUCAUUGCCAACGUACCUUUCGCGCCGUCAUUCUACCGCACCAUCGCUACCUUCCACGGGUUGGUCGACUUUCGCCUCGCAUGGGAGUUUGAGGACGGCCUCGCUUUCUCCCUCCCGCACAUCGUCACCCUCAUCCAGCGUCUGCCCUCCCUCCACCUCCUCGGACUCAUGUACAAGCACGAGCCGGCUGUCCAAGACGAUCACGAUCUCUCGAAUCGCCUGCUCGACCUCGUUCCCUCCACCCUUAACAGCGCUGUCCUCACCCUUGCAUACACCUCACUCGACUCGGCGCCGAUGGCGCGCUACGCACGCGCGCAUCUCGGGGCGGGACCUCGGGAAUUCGUUGCGCUCACGGAGGAAGGCGAGAUCACGUUCUUUCAGAAGGAGGACGAGAACGGCGUGCUGAGGUGGGAGGAGGUCAACAGGGUGCCGUUAAAGGACGGCUUCUGGCGGAUGUAG